AUGUGCGGAAUCCUCGCUGUUUUUGGUUGCUCCGACAAUUCUCAAGCCAAACGUUCCCGUAUCAUAGAAUUAUCUCGCCGGUUGAGGCAUAGAGGACCAGAUUGGAGUGGAUUGCAUUGCCAUGAAGGUUGUUACCUAGCUCAUCAACGUUUGGCUAUUGUGGACCCUGCUUCUGGAGAUCAGCCUCUUUACAAUCAAGACAAGACUGUCGUGGUCACCGUUAAUGGAGAGAUAUAUAACCAUAAGGAAUUGAGGGCGCAGUUGAAGUCUCAUACUUUCCGAACUGGUAGUGACUGUGAAGUCAUUGCUCAUCUUUAUGAAGAACAUGGAGAAAAUUUUGUGGACAUGUUGGAUGGAAUGUUCUCAUUUGUCCUUCUUGACACUCGUGACAAAAGUUUCAUUGCAGCUCGGGAUGCUAUUGGUAUUACCCCACUUUAUAUCGGCUGGGGUCUAGAUGGAUCUGUCUGGUUUGCUUCGGAGAUGAAAGCAUUGAGUGAUGAUUGUGAACGAUUCAUGUCUUUCUUGCCGGGGCAUAUAUAUUCAAGCAAACAAGGAGGGCUUAGAAGGUGGUACAACCCACCGUGGUACUCAGAACAAAUACCUUCAACCCCAUACGAUCCCCUAGUUUUACGAGGAGCGUUUGAGAAGGCUGUAAUCAAGAGACUUAUGACAGAUGUACCUUUUGGUGUGCUUCUGUCUGGAGGACUGGACUCAUCACUUGUUGCUUCUGUGGCCUCUCGCCAUUUGGCCAACUCAGAAGCUGCUCGUCAGUGGGGAUCACAAUUACAUACCUUCUGCAUUGGUUUGAAGGGCUCCCCUGAUUUGAAAGCUGCAAGGGAAGUAGCAGAUUAUCUCCGAACCCGUCACCAUGAGUUUCACUUCACUGUUCAGGAAGGGAUUGAUGCUCUUGAGGAAGUUAUUUAUCAUAUUGAAACAUAUGAUGUGACAACUAUUAGAGCCAGUACUCCUAUGUUUCUUAUGUCACGAAAAAUCAAAUCUUUAGGAGUGAAAAUGGUUAUUUCUGGGGAAGGAUCAGACGAAAUCUUUGGAGGUUACCUGUAUUUCCAUAAGGCACCUAACAAGGAGGAGUUUCACCAAGAGACCUGUCGAAAGAUUAAGGCACUUCAUCUUUAUGACUGCUUGAGGGCCAACAAAUCGACUUCGGCAUGGGGUGUUGAGGCUCGUGUUCCCUUUUUAGAUAAAGAAUUCAUCAAUGUUGCUAUGAGCAUAGAUCCCGAGUGGAAAAUGAUCAGGCCUGAUCUUGGAAGGAUUGAGAAGUGGGUCUUACGUAAUGCAUUCGAUGAUGAGAAGAACCCAUAUCUGCCCAAGAACAUAUUGUACAGGCAGAAGGAGCAGUUCAGUGAUGGAGUUGGGUACAGCUGGAUUGAUGGUUUGAAGGAUCAUGCAAACAAACAAGUCACAGAUUUAAUGUUGAUGAACGCAAGCUUCAUCUACCCAGAAAAUACUCCUACAACCAAAGAGGCAUAUUACUACAGAACGAUCUUCGAGAAAUUCUUUCCUAAGAAUGCUGCAAGGUCAACAGUUCCUGGAGGUCCAAGCGUGGCUUGCAGUACUGCAAAAGCAGUGGAAUGGGAUGCCUCUUGGUCAAAAAAUCUUGAUCCUUCUGGUCGUGCUGCUCUUGGUGUUCAUGCAGCUGCAUAUGAGGAAACAGCAGACAAGAAGGCUGCCAAUCUGAUGAAUGUUGCCCCUCAGAAACCACAAGAGAUGGUGACGAAAACUGCUACAGUCACUUGA